CACCUGUCCCAUGAGUUAUCACGAGCCAUAAACCGCCUUCCCAAAUCUUCAGCUCAUCGCCCACUUUUCCUAGCAACACCCCCCACACACACCAUCUCCCAGUGGUCUCCAGUGCCUUCCAGUCUCCCCACUCUGCAGCGCAGUAGGGAAGACGCUGGCGAAGAGUGAGGAGAAAAGGUCCCCACCAGGAGGACUGGCCCCAGGACAUCUCUGGGCUCCUGAGUGGAGAGGGUGGAGCACCCACACCUUGCCUAGCCAUGCUGCUCCUGGAGGGCUUUCCAGGGUGGCCUGGCCUUGUGCUGGACUGGGACCCUGAACUGGGUGCAGCAGGGCAGGCCUGAUGGUCCCAGGUGUCCCCUGUGUCCUAUUUGAUGGUACUUGUCCACCAAUUGGCCAUGAAUUGCAACCCUGUUCCCCAGAGCUAACUGACCUUCCAGAUCUGGGGUUACUUAUCAAAGUGCAGAGCUGUAAUGGGAUGAGAGUAAUGAUACAGAUGAAAACCACCCAUGAGUGCAGGGAGCUGGGGGUUACUGUGCUCACGGAGACAGGGAGUCCCUCACUGCGGGGUGAGGGACUGUCCCUGGGUGGCCUGGAGGAUCAAGUGUUUGAAGCAGUGCCUGAUAAACUGCCAACCACCCUACAAAGGUUUCGGCUUCCUAAAAAACAUAAUAAUAAUCUUCCCAGGGUGACCAACCUCACUUGUUAAUGUGACAUAAACCAGCUCCUCCUGCCCACGGCGUGACUUUUGCUGGGAGCAGAGUGGUGGACAUAGGCUUAUUCAUCGAUGCCGCCUUCAACUGGACCCGAGGAGCGCUGCCAGCUAUGCCUCCCCCUGCCCCCGCCGCUCCUCACCUCCCACGCUAACCUGCAUGGUGUGGGUGCCCUUGGGACCCCAGAAGACUGAUUAUCUGACCUUGCUUCACACCCUUCAUAACAACGCCCUCAAGAUGUCCCUUGAGUGGCUGGUGGCCUGGAGCUGGUCUCUGGACGGCCUGAGGGACUGCAUCGCCACCGGCAUCCAGUCUGUGCGGGACUGCGACACCACGGCGGUGGUCACCGUGGCCUGCCUGCUGGUCCUGUUCGUGUGGUACUGCUACCACGUGGGCAGGGAGCAGCCCCGGCCCUACGUCUCCGUCAACUCCCUCAUGCAGGGCGCAGAUGCCAGCGGGCUGCAGAACGGGUACGUGUACUGCCAGUCCCCCGAGUGCGUGCGCUGCACGCACAACGAGGGCCUCAACCAGAAACUCUACCACAACCUGCAGGAGUACGCCAAGCGCUACUCCUGGUCCGGCAUGGGCCGCAUCCACAAGGGUAUCCGCGAGCAGGGCCGCUACCUCAACAGCCGGCCCUCCAUCCAGAAGCCCGAGGUCUUCUUCCUGCCCGACCUCCCCACCACGCCCUACUUCUCCCGGGAAGCACAGAAGCACGACGUGGAACUGCUGGAACGGAACUUCCAGACCAUCCUGUGCGAGUUCGAGACCCUCUACAAAGCCUUCUCAAACUGCAGCCUCCCACAAGGAUGGAAAAUGAACAGCACCCCCAGCGGAGAGUGGUUCACCUUUUACUUGGUCAAUCAGGGCGUUUGCGUUCCCAGGAACUGCAGGAAGUGCCCACGGACGUACCGCUUGCUCGGAAGCCUUCGGACCUGUAUUGGGAACAAUGUUUUUGGGAACGCAUGCAUCUCCGUGCUGAGCCCCGGGACUGUGAUAACGGAGCACUAUGGACCCACCAACAUCCGGAUCCGAUGCCAUUUAGGUCUGAAAACUCCGAGUGGCUGUGAGCUGGUGGUCGGGGGGGAGCCCCAGUGCUGGGCAGAAGGACGCUGCCUCCUCUUCGACGACUCUUUUCUGCACACUGCGUUCCACGAAGGCGCAGCUGAGGAUGGCCCACGGGUAGUUUUCAUGGUGGAUCUGUGGCACCCCAAUGUCGCAGCAGCUGAACGGCAGGCCCUCGAUUUCAUCUUCGCCCCGGGACGAUGAGAACAGGGACCACGCCGGGGUCGGCCAGCGGGGCGAGACAAGCCUGGGCAGGCUGGUGCAGUCCAGCGUCGCCCAUGUCGGGAUUCCGUGCUCCUGAACCUGCCUCAGCGGAAAGCUCUUACUUGGGAUGUGAGUUCACGCUGGGUCCCUCUUCCCUUUGGUUCUUGUACCUGGGAAAUUUGCAGCUUGUAUUUCCUUAGAUUUUUGUUCUUCCUUCCAAUCCUUUGCUUCUGGGAUUCCUUUCUGGCCUAACAGCGCAUUCCUUUGCCUCCGUGACCAGACACUCAGUGUCCCCGUGAGUCUGUGUUCUGUUGCUACUCAGUUCUUUCAGUGCUCUGAAACAGAGCAACCAAAUGGUUAUGUGUCUGAAUGUAAUAAUGUGAAGCUUCUUGUGGUCAUCUUAAAAGAGAAAACAAAACAUAACAAACUGCAAGCCAGAGAGCUGGAGAACAGGGCCUCUGACACUGGCAUCCAACAGAUGUUUCGGCUGCCCUGGGGCAAGGGAGAGUCUGCAGUGCCCACACCCAGCCAGCUGUCAGCAGGUUGAGAGGCUGCCGGACACAGCAGAAGGCGGUGCCCAGCGUCAGGACCCUGGGCAGCUGUCACCAUCGCAACCUCACCCCAAACCCGGUCAGGUCCCUGAUGACAACAAGCAUUCGGCUGGUGGGACUGGAGGCUUCUCUUUUAAACACGGCUUUGUACAAAGCUGAGGCUGCUGUCCUCGAGAGCCAAGCUGGGGCUCCCACCAUCAGCCCCGGAUGUGUGAUCCACUUACCUCACUGCCUACAGAAGCCCUACUGCCAAACCAGGCCUGGACAAGUCCCCAUCUUAGCUCUUUGGCGUCCAGUGAUGAACGUUGAGACCACCAGGGCGGCUGAUGGGAACUGUGGUGGGAUAAGACUCCACUCAACAGUGACACGCUGGGAAAGCCUUUCUCUGGCAAAACUGGAAUCCUCAAUCUGACCAAAGUGUCUGUUUUGCUUUGGAGUUCUGUUGCCUAUGAUUUUUUUUUAUUUCUUUGUCUGUACGUAAACGUUCAAACACGAGACUUGGGGAUCAUGGGAGAGUUGGCACGGUGUCUUUGUCAUUGUACAAGGUGUGCGCUGAGUAACAGUGACCCAAGCCAGCAUGUGCUAGGGAGGACGCAGGGAAGACGGACCAGCCCACAGGCCCCACCGUCACUGUGCUGGCGUUUCGGUCUCCUGUGCUGAACACACAGAGCUUUUCCCAAAGGAAAAGGCCUGUAGAGGCCAGAUCGAGGCACUACGUCUAGAAACAGCCUCCCAUUAGCUGACAUGUCAAAGUGUAGCUUACCAGCCAUACUAGAGAUGCCUUUUUUGAAUACUGUCCUAUGGGCAGUGUCAGACAGAAAAGCCAAGGAGCAGUGCAGAACAGACAGCUUGUCACACGCACAGGUCCAGUUGUUGACAUCCAGGAGAGAACCAGCAGCCUCCGUGAGCUACGACGGUCAGGAGUAAACACAAUCUGAAAUGCACUACAUCAUUACUAACAAGUGUACAAAGAGAACAUGUCCGCAGCGGAGGAAAAAAAGAUCCGCACGGGUUAUUUCCAGAGAUCAGAGAGCAGGAAGAAAGGCAGAAGUUUCCAACACACCUGAAGUCUUUUUAAUCAUUAAGUAUCUUGUUAAAGAACCACCGAGGUGCAUGAUUUCUACACAUACCGACUACACCGCUCUACGUUUACAAAACCAACAGCCCGCACAGGUACGUGGCUACCCGUGCUCAUGUGAUGUGGUUGAGAACAGAAGAUAAAUAAAGGAUCUUGCUAAAAACCAGACUGAAGUGGUCCCAUAGUCUGUGGGGAGAAGAUGCAACUUGGGCAGAAGUCCCAAGAGCAUCACUCCAAUGAGCUUGAGGGGCUUUGCUUUUUGAAUCAUGUUACAGGGUCAAGCAAGACACUAAAAUUGAUCAUGAUAAUAAUUAAAGUGGGCUGGCCCUAGCCAAGUGGUUAAAGGAGCUGGAUCCCUCAUGGCUGACGGUGGUUUGAAUCCCAGCCCUGAGGGCUUGAUAAAACAUGUAAGGGUAUGCAUGCCCCAAAUCCUGACAGGGUGGAGAAAUGGAGGAGGAAGAAUUGCAAUGUAACAACCACGCCC